CAUAAUCUCCUUUUUUGUUUUAAUGUAAAGAUCAAGGAAAUCAGCUGGGGAGAUGUUGGAGGCUGGACUGGUCAAGGAGGAUCAAUUCUUGGUACCAAACGUACUCUUCCUGCAAAAUAUUUGGAGAAGAUUGCUGAUCAGAUGCGCACUAACAACAUUAAUGCUCUUAUGGUUAUUGGUGGAUUUGAGGCGUACCUCGGACUUUUGGAAUUGUCAGCUGCCCGAGAGAAAUAUGAUGAAUUCUGUGUUCCAAUGGUUAUGGUUCCUGCAACAGUAUCCAACAAUGUACCGGGUUCAGAUUUCAGCAUUGGUGCAGAUACUGCUCUGAACACUAUAACUGAUACUUGUGAUCGCAUCAAACAGUCAGCCAGUGGUACCAAACGACGUGUAUUCAUCAUUGAGACCAUGGGUGGUUACUGUGGUUACCUGGCCAAUAUGGGAGCCCUUGCAGCAGGAGCUGAUGCUGCUUAUAUCUUUGAAGAACAGUUUGACAUUCGAGAGCUCCAGGCUAAUGUGGAACACUUGACUGAAAAGAUGAAAACCAGUAUCCAGCGUGGUUUAGUGCUGAGAAAUGAGAAUUGCAAUGAGAACUACACAACUGACUUCAUUUAUCAGCUGUAUUCUGAAGAAGGAAAAGGAGUGUUUGACUGUCGAAAAAAUGUUCUGGGCCACAUGCAGCAGGGUGGGGCACCUUCACCAUUUGACAGAAACUUUGGGACAAAGAUUUCUGCGAAAGCUAUGCAGUGGAUCUCCAAAAAACUGAAGGAAACCUAUCGGAAAGGAAAAGUAUUUGCCAAUACCGAUGAUUCUGUCUGUUUGCUGGGAAUGCGCAGACGCAACCUUGUUUUCCAACCAGUAGCUGAGCUGAAGAAUGAAACAGACUUUGUACAUAGGAUUCCCAUGGAGCAGUGGUGGCUGAAGCUGCGGCCACUGAUGAAAAUCCUGGCCAAAUACAAGACCAGCUAUGAUGUUUCAGACUCGGGCCAACUGGAGCAUGUUGCUAUGCACAGCCCAAAGGAAGCAGAAACCGGAGCCAUCUAAAAAGAUCAUUUUUAGGUUGUUGGCAUAGAUGCACAUUGUGAGUAACAAUGCUUUAGAAUCGUUACAGCUUUGUUUUGUAACAUUUAAGUUAUUGUACCAGCACUUUAUGUGAAACACGACAUUCACAUGUCACACAGAUUCUUUGUCCUGUAUUUGUGUUAUGUUUGAAACAAACCCUAGCCUCUAAAUGAAUAAGCACCAUCUUACCAAUACCGAGUGCAUAGAUCAGUGUUGCACUUACUAAAGAGUAAAACGUUACUCACCCACUGCACUUUGUUCCAGAAUACUUACACCCAAAAAUAAGUGUAGAGGGCUAGCUUUGUGUUAAAGUUACAGGAUGUGCUUACUGUACCUGAAGUGAAAUAAAGUACUGUUGCAAAUGUCUUGAA